AUGACCGAUUACAGCGGAUGGAGCCGAGAGAGCUUGAUUAAGAGAAUUCAUGAGUUGGAAAGAGAUCAUCCAGAGGAUAUCAGAAAGCGUAAAAGGAGAGAACAAAGAGACAUAGAUUUUUCCAAGUAUCGAACACGAUUGAUCGGAUUGAAGUUUGCGUAUUUGGGAUGGGACUACCAGGGACUUGCUAUUCAAGGACUACCUACAGAGCUUCCUACCGUAGAGGAGAAGAUAGUGGAGGCAUUGCAGCAAGUGAGAUUGGUGAAAUCUUGCGAUACUUCAGAAUUUGAGUUCAGUCGAUGUGGUAGAACUGAUAAAGGAGUCAGUGCUAUGAACCAGGUUAUUUCAUUGAAAGUGAGGUCGAAUUUGACAGAGGAGGAAUUGGCAGAUCCGGCCAAUGAUGCUAAAGAGCUUGAUUAUAUAAAGAUGUUGAAUCACGUUCUUCCGCCAGAUAUUCGUUUCCAUGCGAUCUGUUUGCGUCCUCCUGUGGGUUUUGAUGCACGAUUCAGUUGUAAAUGGAGACAAUACAAGUAUAUCUUCAAUGGAGAAGCAUUGGAUAUUGAUAAGAUGAAGCAUGCGGCACAAUUUUUUAUGGGACAGCAUGAUUUUAGGAACUUUUGUAAGAUCGAUGGUUCCAAGCAGCUUGUCAACUUUACCAGAGAGGUGUUCAAUGUAAGUAUUCAUGAAUUGGACGAUGAACCAGGAUAUUACGUUCUCAAUCUAACAGGAUCUGCAUUCUUAUGGCAUCAGGUUCGUUGUAUGAUGGCUGUUCUUUUUACCAUCGGACAAGGAUUGGAAAGCUGGGAGAUGGUGCCUAGACUAAUGGAUAUCAAGGUUUUUCCCGGACGUCCAGCCUAUAAGUUGGCCCACGAUAUCCCCUUGAUUUUGUACGAUUGUGGAUAUGAUGAGAAAACUGUGGAGUGGACGUCUGGACCAACAAGAAAGUACGUCAGUCACACGGGUUUGAAUGGGGUAGUUAACGAUUACAAAAUCAAAGCUGUUGUUACUGAGUAUCUAGAGAAAGUGGUGAAGAAGAGUAUUCCAGAAAAAAUGGAUAAAGUGAUUGUGAAAUUAGGUGACGGAAUGGGCCAAGUGAUGAGGAGAUUCAUUCCAUAUGAUGAAAAACAGAAACUAGAGAUACCGGAUGUUGCUAAUGCACGUUGGAGGGCUCGGAAAAAAAGGCAUGCAGAACAGAUGGAAGUUGAACCUGAGUCCUUCCAUAAACGUAAACGAGAGACUGUAUCAGAGCUUGACGCUGAUGGAAUUUUGGGAACGGAUGAUUAG